GCCAUUUGUGUGAUAAAUUAUAGAAGUGAUGACCCAAUACUUACCGCCAAAUCUAUUGGCAUUAUUCGCACCGCGAGAGUCGAUACCAUACUUACCGCCGGCACAGAAGUUACCGCACGAGAAGAAAACACGCGGUUAUGAAGGCGUCGGACAUUUCUUAACAUUCUUCGAGGACCCGAAGGACACACCGGUUCCCGUAAGACAUGAGACUCGAGAAGAACGUAUUGAACGUAAACGUCGUGAACGCGCCGAACAAUCGGCCUAUAAGUUGGAACAGGGAAUAGCUCUUUGGGAUCCACAAUCAAGCACUACUGCAACGUCAGACCCCUAUAAGACACUAUUUGUGGCCCGAAUUAACUUCGAUACGACUGAAAGCAAACUUCGGAGAGAGUUUGAAGCCUACGGUAACAUUAAAAAGAUAAUGUUAGUUCAAGACAAGGUUACAUCCAAACCACGCGGUUAUGCAUACAUUGAGUUUGAACACGAAAGAGAUAUGCACUCUGCCUAUAAACACGCCGACGGAAAGAAAAUUGAUGGCCGAAGAGUUUUGGUCGAUGUUGAAAGAGGUCGCACUGUUAAAGGAUGGCUUCCUCGUAGACUCGGCGGAGGAUUGGGUGGAACUCGAAAGGGAGCGCCCGAUGAAAACAUAAGACAUUCGGGAAGAGAUGACGGCAGAACUGAGGAUAGAGAUAAGUAUGAAAAGGAAUCGCGCCGUCAUUCUAGAGAUAGGGAGAGAUCAGAGAGGAAAAGGAGUAAAAGUAGAGAACGAGAGAGAAGGGAUGAUAAACGUAAAAGAAGUAGAAGUAGAGAACGUGAGAGAGACAGAUCUGAGAAGACUGAUAGGGAUAGGAAAAGAGAUAGAGAUGGUAGAGAUGGCAGAUAUGAUAAUCGUUCAGAAAGACGAUCGGAUCGAACUAAGAGUUCUCGAGACGCUUCAUAUAUUGAGGAUCAGACGGGAGGCGGAGACCUGAAUGAACGCAUUGAGAGAUCUGAUCGUCGAAGAGGUGAUAGCAGAGACAAAGAUGUAGAAAGACGAAAAAGACGUAGAAGUAGAAGCCAUAGUAGAGACAGAAAAAGAAGUAAUCGACAAACCGAUUAUGAAAACAAUAGUAGAGACAAAAUAGAUCGGAGUUUGGAUCCUAUGAAGAAUGAUUUGAUUAAAGAAGAACCAGAAGAAGGUCUUUAUGAGAACGAUAUGUAUGAUAACGACAAUUACCAAAGCGGUUACGGAGACAGCAACUCUGGUGACAAUUUUGGUACUCAAAGCUAUAGUCAACCCACUUAUGUCAACUAUAAACCACAAGAAGAUAUAUAUUCGCCUUAAGAUAAGCUCAUCUAAUAACUCGACACUUAUUUAGAGAGUCUUAUAUAAAGACUCAAAAAUACUGUAUUUUUAAUUUUAAAAAUUAUUUGAUUUAACGACAAACAGACUUACAAUUCGUUAGUUUUU